CUUUCUUGGCAGCCAUGAAAUCAGUUCUAAAAUCCCUUGCAAACUCAAUCUUCCUUGUUCUUUUCAUCAUCUUUUCAUCUUCUACUCCACUUGUAUUGGCUCAAUGUGAAGCAGAGACCAAGACUAAUGGAUGCCAUAACUACAGAGAAUCCAUGAAGCUAAAAAUCAUUGCCAUUGUCGCAAUUUUACUAUCCAGCAUGAUUGGCGUGUGUCUACCAUUGUUUUCUGGUCAGGUUCCGUCACUUAAACCCGACAGGGACUUGUUCACCAUUGUCAAGGCAUUCGCCUCCGGUGUUAUUCUAGCGACUGGGUACAUGCACGUGCUACCGGAUUCUUUCAACGACCUUAUGUCCGGGUGUUUGCCUGAAAAUCCAUGGAGGAAGUUCCCUUUCACGACCUUCGUCGCAAUGCUGUCGGCUGUGUUGACCCUUAUGGUGGAUUCAUUUGCAAUGAGUGUAUACAAGAAACGUUGCGGUAAAGCUUUAAUGGUGGAUGCUAACAAUGGUGGUGGAUUGGAAAAUACGAACGUUGUACCAAUCGAUAAUUUUGAACACGGCCAUUGCCAUUCACUUGAGAUGAAUGACGACGUAUCAUCACAAUUGUUAAGGCAUCGAGUUAUUGCUCAGGUAUUAGAGUUGGGAAUUGUAGUUCAUUCAGUGGUGAUUGGUCUUGCAAUGGGAGCCUCUGGCAAUCAAUGCACCAUCCGAUCACUCAUUGCUGCCCUUUGCUUCCAUCAAAUGUUUGAGGGGAUGGGACUUGGUGGAUGCAUACUGCAGGCUGAAUAUGAGAUAAAAAUGAAAGCAAUCAUGGUAUUCUUCUUUUCAGCCACAACACCACUUGGAAUAGUUCUGGGAAUUGGUUUGUCCAAGGUUUACAGUGAGACGAGUCCAACUUCACUUAUGGUGGUGGGACUCCUUAAUGCUUGCUCAGCAGGGUUGCUGAAUUACAUGGCACUGGUUGAUCUCCUGGCAGCUGAUUUUCUGGGCCCUAAGCUUCAAACAAAUAUGAAGCUCCAGGCUUGGUCAUAUGUUGCAGUUUUACUUGGUGCUGGAUUUAUGUCUUUGAUGGCAAAAUGGGCUUAGACAUUUCAACAUAUACAUGUCUUUUUUUAGUUUUUUAAUCUUUUUUUUUU